UGAGCUUAACAAACCUUCAUCAAUCAACUCAAUAUCCAAGUAUCUCAUCACAUCAAACAGAAAGAAAAGUGUUUAAUUUUAGCUAGCUGAAAGUGUUUGCUUUAGAAAGGUGAAAAGAAGAAGAUGGCUUCUUACCAGAACCGACCAGGAGCUCAGGCUACUGAUGAGUACGGAAACCCCAUCCAGCAGUUGGACGAGUAUGGAAACCCGAUUGGCGGUGGAGGAUACGGGACAGCUGGUGGUGGCCUUGGAGCGACCGGAGGAGGAGGUUAUGGGACUGCAGGUGGAGGAUACGGCGGAGGUGCCACCGGUGGGACUUACGGGACAGGUGGCGAAGGAUACGGGACAGGAACUGGAGCCUUGGGAGCAGGCGCAGGUGGAAGGCACCACGGCCAACAGCAACUCCAUGAGGAAAGUGGUGGUGGGAGGGGCUUGGGAGGAAUGCUUCACCGCUCUGGAUCCGGAUCUAGCUCUAGCUCGGAGGAUGAUGGGCAAGGUGGGAGGAGGAAGAAGAAGGGAAUAACUGAUAAGAUUAAGGAAAAGUUGCCAGGCCAUCAUGAUCAGUCUUCUGGUCAAUCUCAAGGGAUGGGAAUGGGAACUACCACUGGUUAUGAUGCUGGAGGCUACGGUGGUGAGCGCCACGAGAAGAAGGGGAUGAUGGAAAAGAUCAAGGAAAAGCUUCCCGGUGGUGGUGGUCAUCAUUAAGCAACUAUACUACAUAAACUUGUAUACCAGAUAAAUAAAAAUAAAGAAGGGCUCUUAACGCAGUGUGUUUUCUACAUGUGUACGUCCUGAGAUGUGUUAUGGGCAUCUGGCUCUUUUUAUGUUCUUGAGACAUGUAUCAGUACUUUCAAUAUCUAUAAAUCUACUUCCUUGUUAAACUUAA